AUGGCCUUUACCCUCUCCGAAAACGACUCUGGCAUAUCCGGCUUUAGCACCAAAGAUAAUAAAUCCAGCAUUCACCGCCUAUCUUCUAACCGUCCGUCCAACGAGAUGGCAACGAAUACUACUACCACCGCUGCUUCAUCCAUCGCCGACACACCUACCGGUAACCGAAAGUCCAUUUCUUCCUCGAAAGACCCGGCUUCCCCUUUUCACCCGCCCGGCCCGCUCCAGCAUUCUCGCUCCGAAUCCGUAGAUCUCGAACUGGAACGAGGCUUAAAACUCGACGACCUCCGUCAACGUCGCGCUCAAGAACUACCUCCCGUUUCACCGAUUAAUCAUGGACACUCUCGCGACGGCUCUUCUUCGAUUCACACCGAAUCUUCAACUCCUUGGGAUCCGACUCACCCAUGUUACCCGCACGUAAAUCCUCACGUUCCACCAAAUUCGCCGCUGGCGGAAUCCACAAAGAUCAUCCGGAUACCCCGCGACUUCAUGAUCCAUGGCGAUGUCAGUCCGGCCUUUUCGAACACAUACCCGAAAAUCUUGGAACCCUACCUUGGUGAGGAACGCUUCAGACGGAUAGUGAAAACGAUAAAUGCCGAGUUGUAUGAGGCUUUUAAUCCGUGGAACUGGCGGAAUUGGGUGGAUGCUGGGGUCGGCGUCCUGACAUUGUGGUUUGCCGAGGAUAUAUUUGGCACGGAGACGAAAAGACGGUUAAGAAAGAUCGAGACUUUCUUAGAGCAGCAGAACAAAGAGAUGGAGGAAAUUUUGGAGAAACUUCGAAGGGGCGAAAUCGUGGAGGGAGAGGAAGGACGAGUUGGCAGCCGGGCAGGAGAAGAAGGAGGACCUGUACCGAUCAGCGGAUUGGCAAAGUUAAUUCCGCUACGGAGGACAGGUUAUAUGAACCUGGAUAUCCAAAUACCAAACCCCUUCACUCCCGACUCGGAGUUCGACGAAGACGAGGUGGGAGAGUACUCUGCUCAGCCGACGCCACGGGAUACUGGCGCGCCUACUAGCCCGAGAGAUGGAAUCCCCAGCUGA